AUGUCCGGCGGCGGCGGCGACGCAACUCUGUUUGAGGAAAGCUUUACGGUUACCGACUAUGAUCAAUCCAAAUACGAUCGUGUUGCUCGCAUUUCAUGCACAUCCGCCGACUCGCAAACUGUGAUGGUGCUUGAUAUUAAUAUGGAGCUCUUCCCUGUCGCAAGGUCCGAUUCCCUCCAUGUCGUCCUAUCCACGACAUUAUCGCCAGACGGAAGCAAGGAGGAUGAUAAGGGUUGGCGAGAUGUUGGCAAGGGAGGCGACGCCCCAGCUACGUUGGCAGACUUGUACGACUACGUUUGCUAUGGCAAAAUUUACAAAUUUGAAGAGACAUAUGAUGGCAAUACCAUGUACGUACUUGAGCAUCUUGUUUCAUUUCCGGCUCGUUACCUGUUUAGUCAAAAUGCCAUCAUCACAGCCGUCUUCGACGCUUUUGAGAGCCUCUCUUGCUCUCCACAUCAUUCACCGCUAACCAUCGACUGGAUAAUUAGCAAUGCAUACGUCUCCUUUGGAGGUCUCCUUAUGUCAUUGCAAGGGCCUGUCAAAAAGCUCACGCCUCUUCGAGUCGACAACAUCUAUCUUUUGAUCAAAAAGUAG